AUGGGACGCCCCCGAAAGUACACCACUAUCGAAGAGAGAAAAGAGGCUGCAAAGAGGGCUAGCAAGCGGUAUUACUCAAGGAACAAGGAUGACAUUAACCGUCUCAGGCGUGAGGCCUACCGCGAGCAACAUCCUAAACGGACAGAGGUGCAAAUGGCGAGGGUGCGCGAACGAGACGAGAUUGCCGCCGCGGAAGGCAGGAAUCCGGCGACAUGGAUUGCUCGAGCACGAGCUUUGGUCAAUCGUAGUGAGGUCCUUGUAGGCCCACUCCCUCGGAAAUAUUUGGAUGAUCUAUGCCAAUCCAUCUUCUCCACGGCGUCAAGCGCGCCGACCCCCCCAACUCUCGCUACAACUAUCUCUCAGUUCUCGCGACUUCAGAAGCAAUCAGGCCAAUGUGAAGCGACGGUAUUGGACGUAGCAGGGGCGGGAGACGACUGGAAGGAAGUCCGAACCUUGGUCAAGCCAAUCCAGGACAUAUUACUCAGCUUAGAGGAGAUCGAGACCAUAACCACCACCUUGGGUCCUCGUCAACUGGAGGAGGAGUGGUCCGGCGGCUCACUACAUUACCAGAGCGUGUGGAACAGUAGCACUGCCCCGGCUGAGAGGUGUUAA